AUGGUUUCUCUCAAGUCUCUUGUUGUGCUUCUUGCACUUGGCACUGAGGCCCUUGCUGGGUUGAACAAGCCUGCAGUAUGCUCCACUAUUCUUGGCACAAAGACUGUGAAGAAUGUCCCUACUUCUACUCUCACAAACAUCAAGAAGAUCACUAUUACGAAAAGGAUUAUUCGCAGAGUCAACGUUGUUGUUAUACCUGUCGCCAAGACCACCACUAUCAAAACGACCAAGACGGAUACAACUGUUUCAACGGCGCCAAAGGAGACUGACACUGUCUGGAGCACUGUAGUCUCUGCGGAUACAACCUGGCUCACGCGAACUGCGUGGACAACCAGCACCGUCCCUUCCACGACCAUCACCACAAAGUAUUUCGUGUCCACCAUUUCCGCACCCUCAUCUUUUGUCCCUAUCAAGGGCGAUCCUUCAUACGUAGCACGAAAGCGAGAUGAAAAUCAGCCGAGGGCCCCCAAGGCAAUUGCCAAUGAUGCAAGAACAGUGAUAGGUGGCUCAUUGCCCCAGAGUGUUCGAUGCGUCAAGGAGAUUCCUCAAUACACUACCAAGACUGUCAGCACGACAAUUCAAGGACCUCGAAAGACAGUAAAGGCUGCCACCAAGACGAAAAUGUCUACUGUCACUACAACAAGCACCUCUACUAUCUAUCCUGAACGUGCUACCACGACCUCUACCACCAUCGUCCAUACUCUGGUUACUAGUUUCACUGAUGUUCUAUCUACUACUGUAACUACCCAGAUUGUCACUGUCGAGAGUGCAAUCCCAACCGACAUCGUCUACGAUCAGUGCUCGGACAGCAACAUGGUGGCAACUGCCAACGGGGGGAAAUACAUUGGCCAACUAACCGCAGCUUCCAACAACUUCCAUGGGUCAUUAAUCACCACUAUCACCACGCCUCGUGCCUGUUGCACUGAAUGUGCUGCUAACCCAUUUUGUUUGCUCGCAUGGCACUGGAAAAAUCUCGGCUGUUAUAUCUACACAGCGGUAGAUACCAGCGUCUGUGCCAACGGGCAAUUUCUUUUCACUAUCUAUGAGACUUCAAAUACCAACUUUGGGUAUGUGUUAAGUAACGGCCCUUGCGGGUUGAGCAAGAACGGUGGCCCCGCUUGA